AUGGAAUACCGGUAUCGCUAUCCUCGGAUGGAAGAGGUUGAAGAGGUUGAGAGAUAUGUUCCCGGAGGCUACCAUCCCGUGGAUAUUGGAGAUCGCCUAGGUCCGGAAGACGGCAGUCACUACUACACGGUGCUACACAAACUAGGCUAUGGCGGUUUCUCCACGGUCUGGCUGACGAGAUGCAGCCAGGACGACCAUUACUACGCCCUAAAGAUCCUCACCGCAGACCUUCCAGAGUCGCAGGGCAAGGACCUGAAGAUCCUCCAGAGCCUCAAAAAUGAUGGCUUCGAACAUCCGCAUAUCGUCCAUUUGUACGAAUCGUUUGAGGUCUCCGGCCCCAACGGCUCGCACACCUGUCUGGUGCUGCCUGCUCUCGGCCCCAUCCUCGACGAAGUUUAUGGCAAACAGACUCUGGCUCCAGAGACACGAUACCAAAUUUGCCAGCAAGUCGCCACUGGCGUUGCAGCCUUACACGAGAGGGGUAUAUGCCACGGGGACCUCACCCCUGCCAACGUAGUGUUUGAGCUCCCUGACACCUCAUCAAUGGACAUCCCAGAAGUCUGCGCUCUGUUAGGUCCCAUCGAGAGCGCAAGACUGAGACUGCGCAACGGAGCUCGUUCUGAACACGGACCAAAAUACGUGAUACAGCGGCCUACCUUCUCCAAACUCAUGUCCGAGUUGCCAACAACCCUCCAGACAGUCCGAAUCAUCGACUUCGGCGAGGCAUUCCCCACCACCCGGCCACGCUCCUUCCUAGGCGUCCCCGUCGGCCUGGGAUACUUCCCCCCGGAGCUCUGCUUCGGCUACGCAGCGUCACCCGGCAGCGACAUGUGGAUGCUCGCGUCCCUGAUGUACCAGGCCCUGGGCACCGCGGCGCUCUUCCCCUGUUUCUUCCCCAUCUUCGAGAUCCUGGUCGGCACGGCGAUGCCCAUCCUGGGCCCGCUCCCGGACCACUGGAGGGGCCGCUUCGACUACGACAAGUACGGGUAUCGUGAGCCUGAGAGUGGCGAGCUGAAGAACCCGGAACGGGUGAAUCCGGGGUGGUGGUGGGACGAGGCCAAGCAUAACAAGUCCAUACGUGGCCGGAUGGAGAGCGACCUUGCCCCGCGGUUUUCUUCUGCGCAGCUCGACUUCCUCGCGGCCUUGCUCGGGGAUAUGGUGUGUUUCGAGCCUGAGAAGAGGAUCUCAGCUGCGGAGGUCGUCCAGCGGCUGCGUUCGGCGUCGACCAUGUUCGGUGCCACGCAGCAGAGCUGA